AACAAUUCACAAGUGUCAAGGAAAUAUUUGAAAAUGAAUUUCUCAAAGAUAUUUUUCUUCGUCUUCGCCUGCUUCUUGGCGCUUACCUCUGCAUCGCCAAAGUGGAAAAUAUUUAAGAAAAUUGAGCACAUGGGACAGAACAUUCGAGACGGAAUCAUCAAGGCUGGACCAGCGGUAGAAGUUGUCGGACAAGCCAGCUCGAUAUAUAAACAGGGAUGAAAUAAAUAAUACUCAACUGAUGUGCCAAAUGUUAUUUUUAAGACUAUUUAAGUAUUAUUUUUCUAAAUAUAUGUUUUAAAUGUU